AUGGUUGGGCAAGGGGAGGGUCAAACGGAAAGGUUCCCCCCCGCACGCAGCUCCAUCAUGCCAAUCCUCAAGAACCUUCCGAUGCGCCUGAAGGGCGGCCCCACUUUGGACAACGCCCUGUUCAUUCGCAGGAUGAGCCUCCAAAUCAACCCGCGCCACCACAACCCCUUCGACGACGAUGAGGACGGCGGCCGCGGCGACCGCUCUUGGUCGCCAGCCGGCUCCUUCUUGGACGGCGAUGUCCCUGGUGAACGUAACCCCUUCGAGGACGGGGAGGACGACAACGAGGCCGACGAGGGCAAGAAGGCCAAAGGGGAGCGAGGCGGCUCAGGGAAGGGUUCCUUCAUCAAGUCGCCCCUCAAGAGUUUGGGCAAGCUGGGGAAGAAUAUGAGGUUGUCGGGACGAGGCAAGAACGGAGGGACGCCCUCGCCGCAGGGAACGCCGUCCCCCGCGGACAAGAAGAAAAGAGGUCGAAGGAGCUCAGAAGGAAGUCUGCUUAGGUUCGCGGGCAAGUACCGCGACACGCUAAGCUUCCGCAAAGAGUCUAUGGCCAACGGUGACUCCAACUGUUGUGACAGCGAGUGCGACUCUUCCAGCCGCCGUCUGUCCUUCAUGAAAAUGGUCGGGCUGGGCAAGGCCAAGCGUGAGCUCGGGGCCGACUCCUCCUCGCAGGCUCCCGAGGAGCAGCUGGUGUGCAAGGAGCCAGAGGUGGAGGUCAAGCCCAGGGAGCCGCUCUCCGUGCUAGAGAUCCUUCAGCUGGUGAAGAAGCGCGACCUCGUGCUGGCCGACGCGCACAUCCAGGAGCUGGAACAGGAGUGCAACGGGCCAGAGCGCGGUUCUGCCCCGGAGGAGGCGAGCGGCAAGGACGGCGGGCGGCGGAAGGCCAAAGACGUGGAGCUGCUUUAUGAAGAGCUGCAAAAAGAGUUGUGGGCGGUGGUGCGUGAGUCGUUACGCUCACCCACCGCAGGGCCCAACUUGGGCCUUGUGGUUCAGGUCCUUCAGCAGGAGGAGCUGGUGGACGCGAGCUGGUCGUCGACUGGCGGGCCAAGACCACGGCAGCUAAAGCGGCGCUGGAGGGAGGCGGUGGAAGACGCGGCCGACGGAUCGCUGCCUCAGAGGGCCGAGUUCACUGCCGGCGAACUGGCCGGGUACCUGGACCGCAUCCAGACCCGGGUGGUGGAAGACCUUGACGCCGCUAAAAGGAAUGUGGUCAACAUCUACCCUGACGAGUACCAAGCCCUGCAGGUGUACAUGCAAAGUUACCACCAGGCGGUUGCAAAGCGAAUACAGGUCAUAACUGAGCAGCAGUUGCAGAUUACUGACAUUUACUCUCUGCUGGAUUGGCUACACAACAUAUACAACAGGAGUGUUUUGGCCAAGGUUUGUGCAUCGGAUCCUUUGAGAGGGUCUCAUCUGGGACCCCUGCUGCCUUCAGACGUCAUCGACAGGCUGGAACAAGAUUGCCUCAACUCCGUCAGGGCGAAAGUGACCACGGAGUUUACUCAAGUCUUGGACGAGGAGGAGAAAAGGUGGCUGGAGAUGCUGCACGUGGAAGAGUACAACAUCACUCUUGCAAAAACUAUUAUGCAGAGGUUGCAAGUUGAUCUGGAGCGUUCCGCCUCCAUCAAUAAAAGUUUGGGCUCCAGAGUGGCUCAGUGCAGCCUCAACGGCCUGGCAGACUUCCUCUACAGUUUCCAGCGUAAAGUGGACUUAUUUCACGAAGGGAUGCAGAACGGAUUUUUCGGAGAGCACGAGGACGGCUACGUGUCCAAAACGGUCGCGCUGGUCAACUGCUGCCCACCGUUCAGAGGUUUUGUCCAGCGUUGCCUCCCGCAUGAUACGACGACGGCGGUUAGCGACGAUUCGCUGCGGCGUGCCAACAAAGCGCUCGAUCAUAUCGUCCAACAGGGGGUGCGGGUGCUCUCGGACCGGCUCUUCCUCCACAUCAGGCCAUUUUUUGAGCGCUUAGUGAAAAGAAAGUGGCUGAGCAACACAGAUGCGUACGAGCAGAUCGAAGCGGCCAUCAAGGAACAUUUUAAGAAAUAUCGUAGGAUGGAAAACCCGCCCUACCAGCUGCUAGUGGCGGUGAUUCACCGUCGCGUCAUGAUGGAGUACCUUCGCUCCGUGAUGCGAGGGCGAAUCAUCUGCACGUCGCUCAAGAUGAGAAAGAAGAUGGCUGGACGCCUCAGGGACGAAGGACAGCAGAUCAAAGUGCUCUUCAAGGACCUGGAAUCGCCGUCGAGCUGGUUGGACGGAGCGCUGGCUAACAUCUCUGAGCUCAUUCAGCUGGAGGACAUUCCCUCUAUCCAGAUGGAGGUGGGAGUUCUGGUUCGAGAGUUUCCAGAUGUUAGGAAGAAACAUGUGUCAGCCAUUUUGAACAUCCGCGGCAUGACACGGCAACGUGAGCGGCAAGAAAUCCUCAACAUCGUCAAGGACAUUGAGAACGGCGCAGGCGAUGCCGGCACCGCCGGUCCAGCCCGCGUGAGCCGGGAUCGGCUCCUCUUCUCCGAGAUCCCCGUGACUUCCGAGGUCCACUGCCUGAACGUGGGCCUGAGCCGAAUGGCCCUGGCCGCUUCCUCCUGCUACGCCACGCUGCGUCCCCGCGGACGAAAGGCCCGGACAUCGACGCAGGACAACUCGGACGAUGUCCUCUGA